AUGACUUAUCUAAGUANUUCACACACAGUCCCAAUCUAUGAAUGUUAUGGCUUCUCAGAAGCUGUUCUUAAAACUGAUUUCGCAGGAAGUGCCUGCACAAAAUAUUUGGCUAAUAUUUUGAAUGAAUUGGAUUAUGAAUUCACAUCAUAAAAUGAGAUGGAAAUUGUUAGAGAUAUGAAAGAGAAAUUAUGUUAUGUUGCACUUGAUUAUGAAGAAGAAAUGAAGAAAUAUUAAGAAAGUAUAGCUAAUAAUAGAUCAUAUGAAUUACCAGAUGGAAAUAGUGUGAAUAUGAAAAAUUAAAGGUUUCGAUGUCCUGAAAUACUUUUUAAACCAAAUAAAAUUAAACCUUUUGAAUUAGGUAUCCAUGAAUUAACAUACAAAUCAAUUAUGAACAGUGAUAUUGAAGUUAGAAAGGACCUGUAAUAAUUUAAAUUUAUAUUUAAGUUAUUAAAAUGUUGUAUUAUCUGGAGGUACAACAUUGUUCCCAGGAUUUAAAGAAAGAUUGGGUAAAGAAUUAGCAUCACUAGCACCAUAAAAUAUAAAAAUUAAAGUUGUUGCUCAACCUGAAAGAAAUUAUUCAGCUUGGAUUGGUGGAUCAAUCUUAUCAUCAUUAUCAACAUUUUAAUCAAUGUGGAUUAACAGAAGUGAAUACGAUGAAAGUGGUCCAACAAUAGUUCACAGAAAAUGUUAGUGUAUUGGUGAGUAAUAGUAAUGA